CUGGAGCACCGCAGUGCGCAUGCGCCGCGCUGUGACGUGUCCGCUCGGUGUCAAACAGGGAUGUAAAAAUGACCGAAAACGCUCCGGAUCCACCAAAUAACUUGAUUUCCCGUGGCCCUCAGCAGCAGUUCGGACCGUUCACCUGCCGGGUUUACCUUUUCCUUUCGUGUUUUAGUAAGUUUGUUUAGGUUGAGCUGAGAAAAACCGGUUUGAGUUACUUUUUUUGUGGCGGACAGAUUCACUGUCGUCGAGUUAACUUUUAGCGAACCGUUUGGCUAACCGGAGCUGCGCUCGGUGAACAGGAGCAUGUUAGCCGGCGCGACGCGGGCGGAGCUUGGGUCACUUCUCCUAUUUACUCGGAGUUAAUUCGCAGAAGGAAGAAGAGCCGAGCCGAGCCGAGCCGGGUCGGGUCGAGUCGGGGUUAGCUGGAAGCGACAGGAUCCAAGGCGGACAGAGGAUGAUGUCCCGCAGGAGGCUGGACAGCCGCAGCGGGCUUCCCGCCGGGCUGCUGGGGGACAUCCAGACCCCGAUCAGCCCCGAGCCGCUGGAGAGCCUGUAUGACGUCACCGGAGAGCUGGGGAGGGGGAAGUUCGCGGUGGUGAAGCGCUGCGUGGAGAAAACUACGGGGAAAGUGUUCGCCGCCAAGUUCCUGCGGAAGAGGAGGCGAGGGCGGGACUGCCGGGCCGAGGUGGUCCACGAGAUGGCGGUCCUGGAGCUGGCCCGGAACAACCCCCGGGUGGUCAACCUGCACGCCGCGCACGAGACGGACCACGACCUCGUCCUGAUCCUGGAGUAUGCGGCGGGAGGUGAGAUCUUCGACCUGUGUGUGUCUGAAGAGCUGCUGCCCGAGGCCCAGAUCACCCGCCUGAUCCGACAGACCCUGGAGGGGGUCCACCACCUGCACCAGACCAACCUGGUUCACCUGGACCUMAAGCCACAGAACAUCCUGCUAACCAACCUGUCACCUCCUGGAGACAUAAAGAUCGUGGACUUCGGCCUGGCGCGGCGGCUGGGCGGGUCCGGAGAGCUGCGGGAGAUAAUUGGCACACCUGAGUAUGUUGCUCCAGAGAUCCUGAAUUAUGAGCCGAUCACCACAGCGACRGACUUGUGGAGCGUCGGGGUCAUCGCCUACAUGCUGGUGACGGGCGAGUCUCCGUUCGCUGGAGACGACAAGCAGGAGACUUACCUGAACGUGUCCCAGGUCAAUGUGGACUACAGCAGGGAGUCCUUCACCAGGGUCUCUGAACUCUCUGUGGACUUCAUCCGCAAGCUGCUGGUCAAAGCUCCUGAGGACAGGCCGAACGCCGCAGAGUGCCUGAGCCACCCGUGGUUGUGGAACCAGCAGCUGUACCUGAGCCCGGACCCGGUCAUGCCCCGCCCCCUCAGAGAGAGGAGCUGCGGCACCAAGUGGUCGGCUCAGCUGGACGACCGCGAGGACAAGGAGAACUUCCUGGAGUCGCUGCACUCUCACGCCAAAAGGUCCCGCCUGGAGGAGGAGGCGCCCGCCGCCGGAGACAUCGACGUUUGACCAGAGGGAGGACAGAAGGGGGCGGGGCUUAGGGUCACUUUUUAAUUCUUUUAACUCCAGAAACCUCCUUGAUCUGUUAGGACGUGAACUGGACCACCUGAACCAAAGAUAACCAGUUAAUAAACUCUGCUGUACCUUUAAGCUCCUAAAGUUCUGCUGCAGGCCCGCUUCUGGAUCAGUCUAUGCAUUUAUAAACCAGGAAGUGCGGCUCGUCCUGUCCUUACCUGACCCGCCGAGGAGCUCCGAGUGAAACUCAGCAGCAGAAUUGAACCCAGAAGACCCGCUCGCUCGGUUCUGACCGGACUGAAAACGUAGCUCAGGGUUUUAGUUAGGACUCGUUUUAAUAACUCGUCUGUAGUUUGGAUUAACGACUUUAGCACUUAGUGAAGAAACCCUGUGUGUGUGUGUGUGUGUGUGUGUGUGUGUGUGUGUGUGUAGUCCUCUCUUCCUGUUUCAUCUCAGGGGCGAGCUGCUGACUCUUUUCUGUUUUAAAGUUAUUCCUACGUCCACUCUAUUAUUAUUGUUGUUGUUGUUGUUAUUUAUGUUCUGAUCUUUAGUUAAUGUAAAUAAGCUGAAGUCUUUAAUCCGCGCUGAUAAUGAAGGAAGGUUAAUUAUUUAAAACAGGAAGGUGUUUUUAAGGCGGUGCAGAGAAGUGAAGAAACGAAGGCAACAGAACCCAGUUGGUUCUGAUGGACGGGUUCAGAGGAACGGUUCUGAGCAGGUUUGUCUAACGAAGGUGUCGAGGACGUUGGGAAUAAUUUUGUUUGUUUUUCGAGUCACGCAGAAGGAAAAUAUUGAGAUUAAAAUGUUAAAAUMGAUUUAGUCUUUAAAGACUUUGUUGUUUUAUUUUUCUCUCCGACCGCUCCAGAACCGCUCCAGCUGUCGUUCAGAGGUGCCAAACCCAACAGAACCGCUUUGUUUGUGGCCACAGUGGGGGGCUUUGUGCGGCGGGACCGGCGGCUCCAGUCACGCUCUGACGCCGUCGUCCCGGAGCGGGUCGGGUCCAGCUGCAGGAUUCUCUUUAGCUAGUUUGUGUUUUCUGACCCGAAGCUGAACUCAGAGGUUCUGCUCUCGACCCGGUGCUGUUGGACUGAAGGAGGAGUCAGACUUUUUUUAUUUUAUAUUUUUUAUUCUAAUGGCAUUAAAAAAGAAAUGAUCUGUAUUGUGAUCCGCAGCAGGCCAACAUGGCGGCYUCACAACUGGAGAAGCUGAUUAAAGGUUGUAGACAA